AUGGAGGACGAGCUGAAAGACAUCAGCGACGCACAUGAGCGUCGCAAAGCUCAGAAUCGAAUUGCCCAAAGACGGCGUCGGCAACGGCUUCGACAAGACGCAAAAUCCGCAGGAGGGGAUGUGACAGAGAUGACCGGCCUUGACUCUUCGGACCUGAAUCUGCUGGGGCCAGAGACCGGGGAGUUAUGCCUACAUGGUGCACUGCCUUCAGCCUGGAACCGAGAUGUGGGAUUAGACACAGAAGCAAGUCUAAUGGAUUUCAGCUUCCUAGACCCCAGUGAGAUGACAGAAUUCAAUGAAGGACUCGGAGCCAGCGACAUUACUCCUCAAAAGAUCACUGCAGACCCAUCCUUGUCGAAGCGGGUUGGACAAAUUACCAGUGACCACUGUCGACACUGCAGUUCGCACACCUCAAGACCAAGUAUGCCCAGCCCAGCGGACGGUGCUUUUGCAGGGCCUUUUCAAGCCAAGGCCACGGAGACGGUUGAAGGCGUAUACGACCGACGUGACCGUCAUUACAGUAUCCAGAAACCGCAGGCCGUGCGUUCCAGCUCGGGAUCCCAGUCUGUUGAUGCAAAGUAUUUUCCACUGAUGGACGAUGCCGCCACAGCAGCUGGCAUGAGCACUACAGAAUUGAUACGACCGUCUUCUCAGCAGAAAAGCUCUAGAAACACCAUCAGUAAACGCACCUGGUCAGACUCCCGUGUUCAGCAGCAGCAACACCACCACCAGCAACUCAGGGUAGCAGUGGCACCAAGCCCCCAACGGCUCUCUUCGACAUCGUCGUAUCGGUCCUCCAGCUCUAGCGAUAGCGGGGGCCGGGUUCGCGACGAUGACUGGGAAUUCCAGAGGUCCCCCAUAGCAUCUACUCUGAGCCAGAGAUCCCAGAAACUGGCCACGGACCUGAUAAGGCUGUAUGAGUUGGGCGUAUAUCUGGACAUUCAAUCCAAGGACACGGAGCUGGAGGAGCUGCUGUCUGAAGUUAGACGGAAACUCGCCGUGCUUCACGGCAAUGCAGAACAAUCAGCGCGGAUAACCACCAACGACCCCAACAACGACUGGCGGUGA